AUGGUAGCGUUCCACGAGAUGGGGACAAUUUCGAAAUCUGAAGAUAUAAGCGACAAAGUUGCUGAGUCCAAGUACUGGGCCAGUUACAAUGCUGCAUAUUUCAAGGAAGUCUUCGACGCAAGUGGUCAACCAGCCCUGGUCCGUAUGUACGGAAACGUUUACAGCUACGAGAACUGCCCUCGUGCGAAGAUGAUCAAGCGAGACCACGCAAAUCUCACAGACAUGGAUUCAAUUAUGAGCUACAUGCGGUAUAACAACUACAAGAACGACCCUCUCUCCCUCUGCAACUGCACUCCGCCUUACAAUCCGGUUUACGCCAUCGCCGCCCGCUAUGACCUGCUGAGUCCAGAUGGAGAAUAUAUUGAGCCAAACAUGUACCGCCGUGCUGUAGGUGGCAUUGAUGUCAAGCUCUGA